CACAGCCAGUCUGGGAGAGGGAGAGACGUUCCCUCUUCCCCACCUAGGCAGGAAGCCCAAACAAGGUCUGAAGUGCUCCCAGUUCCCCAGCUCCUAUGGAUCCCUGGGCUGGAUGCUGUUCUCUUGGUUUGGAAGUACACUGACCAACCCAGCUUGCCUUCAUCAGUGGGGAUCCAUCAGCUAAGGCUAAGUAGAACCCGAACAAGGUAGGAGCGCCCCCUCCUGGAUGAGCCUCUGUGAGUCCCUCACUUUUGUCUUUAAAAGGAGCUACUCCGGCUUUGGGUAAGUCCUACUAGUCCCGCCUCCUUCCCGCCAGCCCUCCCCUUCAGUCCCGCCUUUAGCCCCGCCUCUGUUCUAUCCUCGUCCAGCCCUCCUCCCUGCCCUCUGCUCCCUGAGGCGCGCGCAGGCAAUGACUGAGCGACAGCCCAAUGGGAAGGCUCGUUGGGAAAGAGGGUGGGCCAUUGUGACUUCAGUCCUGACGGAUGGCUCCGCCCCUGCCGCGCGGGCUAGUGGGCGGAGAGACCCAAGAAACUGGUGAACCUUUAGCAGUGCGGCAGGAGCCUGUAAGCUUGGGGGCGUGAACCAUUUUCGGUUCAGAGCGCGAAACAUGGCGGAGAAGGGUGCUGGUGGCGGUGCUGGUGGCGGUUCUGAUGACAGCUACUACGAAGAUGUGGGUGAUGACUGCGUGGUCAAGGCGGCUGUGGAGGUGUUCGAGAAGCUAAAGGGUAUUAGCUGCCCCUUCCUCGAUGGUCUGUAUAUUACAGAACCAAAGACAAUUAUGGAACUGCUGUGUAGGCCCUCAAAGUACCGGUUGGACAUACUGGAAUGGAUGUGUAUACGGGUCUGUCCUUCCUUGCAAGACAAGUUCAGCUUGCUGAAAGGAAAUGCAGUGGAUAUGAAGAUACAGGAGAUGGUGAAGCUAGGUCAUGACCUGAUGUUGUGUGCGCCAGAUGACCAGGAUCUUCUAAUGGGCCGUGAGUGUCCCCAGAAGCAACUACAGUUCAUGGACAAGUUACUGGAUAUGAUGCAGAGCCUGGCCACUGGAUGCUCCAGUAGUUCUAGCCUGAAGGAACACCUUGAAGGUGCCACAGAGAAGAAUGACGCCUUGCUUGGGGAGCUGUUCUCCAGCCCCAACCUGUGGGCAAUUUUGAAACCCGAGAGUGACCCAUGGCCCCUGGACAUGCAGUCCUCUCUCAACAAGCAAUGUGAUGACCUGCCAAAGGCUGGCCCCUCUGCCCAGUCAGAGGGAGAGAAGGUGGCAGAUUUGGCCAGGCAGCUACAGGAGAGUGCUACUAAGCUUCAGACACUCCGAGACCAGUGCUUUGCACAGCAUAAAGCAGGGACUGACACCAGCACCGUAGACCAGAAACUCCGUCUGGUCAUUUCUGACUUCUACCAGCUCAUCUUGGCCUUCCUGCAAGUCUAUGAUGAUGAGCUAGGCGAGUGCUGCCAGCGCCCAGUACCCAGCCUGCACCCAAGUGGUCCCAUCAUCCAAGCUGUCUAUCAGACUCUGGCUUCCUGUGGCCAAUUGUUGAAAGCAGUCAUGGAGAUUGCAGACACCUCUGCUGAAGCUAUGGAAGCAGCAAGGAAGCAGGAAGGAGAGCCGAACUGUUGGAGCAGCAACAACUCUGGGAUAAGCCUGGCUGCCAGGAUUGAUGAAGUAACACAGAAGUACAAGAUCCUCACUGACAGAUUUCACAGAGGCACAAGAUAAUGGAGGGGGCAUUAAGCCUUCCCUGGAGAUGUCAGGAGGGGCAGUUCCAGUCCUGUUCAUAACCUGCCUGGAUUUCUACUUGCCUGAUGCUUGCAGUUUGAAGGGAAGGAGGGAGAGGGAGGUAGAGAAGGAAGGCAGAGAUGAGUAGGACAGGGAAAGUAAAAAUAAAACUCAUGCUCAGA